GGUGGAGUUUAUUACCACUCCACUAUGUGUGGUAGAGAGCAUAUGGCCUCGCUUCACCGACAAAUCUGCCACCUUCUGCUCAAUGCCUCCCUGCACAUUCUCCUCCCUCUUAUUGUGACACCCUCCCCCUUCCUUCCCCACCUUCUUUCUCAAGUUAUAGCUACUCGCUCCUCUCUCUCUAGUAGAAACCCUGGAGAUUCUGUACUUUGCAGGCGGUGAAAAGGAAGCGCGUCUUUACUUCUCUGGUCUCCUUCCUAUAUAUCUCUUCCUCCCUGCCUUCUCUUGUCCGGCUGCCAGAGUUUUACUGCAAGAACAGCAUCAUGGUACAGUUGAAGAAGUUCCGAGGAGUCAGACAGCGCCAUUGGGGCUCCUGGGUCUCUGAGAUAAGACAUCCUCUUCUCAAGCGAAGGGUGUGGCUCGGCACCUUCGAGACGGCCGAGGAGGCGGCGCGAGCCUACGACGAGGCGUCGGUGCUCAUGUGCGGGCGCAACGCGAAGACCAACUUCCCCGUGCCCUUGAACCCCGACGGGGACCCCGGCGCGGUCGCCGCCCACGAGUCCUCCAAGGCCGCCCUGUCGGAGGUCCUCAGUGCUAAGCUCCGCAAGUGCUGCAAGGCCACCCCGUCCCCCUCGCUCACCUGCCUCCGCCUCGACACCGAGAAGUCCCACAUCGGGGUGUGGCAGAAGCGAGCCGGCACGCGCGCCGACUCCAGCUGGGUCAUGACCGUGGAGCUCGGCAACGCCAAGGAGGCCAUGAUGCGGCCGUCUUCGCUCGCAGGGGAUCAGGGGACGUCGUCGCAGGGGGCGGUCGGAGGGGUGGACGACGAAGAGAGGGUGGCGUUGCAGAUGAUAGAAGAGCUCCUCAGCAGGAAUCGCCCAACCCCCGCUUCACAUGCAGGUGAAGACGGCUUCUUCGUCUAGGCCACAUCGCAGCUCAAGGAUAAUUCUAGUAGGUCUCAUCUUGUUUGGUCUGUCUGUGAAUACAACCAUAUAUAGAUCACAUCAUCCAUCUCUAUCAUCCCAUCGAGUAGCAGUCUGUCUCAUGCACUUGAAGAUGGUGAGAAGGAUUGCAGUAAGCAUCUAUGUAUCUUUGUUUCCUCAUCUAAGAGUUCACAUGCACAAUCAAAUCAUGUAACAUGAAAGUGAUGCGAGUGUAACAAUACGAUCUUAAUUACAAGCACAACCUUCGCUUAAGAGAUAUCAUAAGCUCAAAUGGUUGCUUUC